UCCUCCCGCCCGGGCUGUCUAGAUUACACCAAACAAGGUAACCCUAGACAGCAAGGAAACAGCAGCGGGUUGAAGGCAAAACGGAAACAACAGAGAUUGUCAGGAGUCGUUUGUUGUGGACUAGCUGAUAUUCUGCGUUGUUACACGCAGUUAAGACUCACAGCUGUUUUGUUUCGUGUGUGUUUCGCUAUGCCUUCGUUUGGAGCACUGGGACAUACUCUGUCCACUUCGUUGAUUUUUGCCGUCGCCUUCCUCUGUGUUAGCUUUGUUAGCCAGGGGGAAUGCCAAGCAACUCAAGCGCCACCAACUCCCUGCUCUUCCUAUAAAAACUGUGACACCUGCGUCCCACACGCCAAGUGUCUCUGGUGCUUUACCACAAACAACUGCACAGAGUAUCCAGUGACCUGGUUGCUGCCUCCGGCUAAACUGUGCCCAUUGUCCCAGGCCCGCUGGGGAGUGUGCUGGCUGAACUUUGAAGCCCUGAUCAUCUCCAUGGCUGUGGUGUGUGGAGUCAUUCUCCUCGCCAUUGCCGUCUGUUGCUGCUGCUGCUGCUGCAAGAAGCGCCCUUCAAGGUUUGACAGAGAAGAGGAGAGAUCUGCCAAGAGGAGGGAGGAGAUCAGACAGCGCGCUGAAGAACGGAAGGUGGAGAGAAUGGCACGCCACGAUGAGAUCAGGAGGAAGUAUGGUCUGAUGGGCGACACGGACCACCCGUACAGCAAGUUUGAGAACGAGUAAAGCAGCUGCAACGGAGGACGUCCGCGGGCCGCGGCUCUCACGCCUUUGCGUGGA